AUGAUUUUUGAAAAAUGUCAUAGAAUGAUUUGUUAUUUUACACAACCACCAAUUGACAGCGACACGUCGUGGCCGCAGAUUUCGCUCGCGCAAAUCACAGAAGCGAACCAACGCAAGGCGUCCAGUGACAAAUCCAGCAGCCAGAGUGUUAGCGCGCCGUUGAGUACACCGCUGAGUGUGCCACUCGCUCCGUCGCUGAGUGCUCCACUCAACGCUCCGCUCAGUGCUCCACACAAUGCCCCACUCAACGCUCCGCUCAGUGCUCCGCACAAUGCCCCACUCAGUGCCCCUCUCAGUGUCCCACCCAGUGCUCCGCACAAUGCACCGUUCAGUGCACCUGAGCGUAACGCCGCCGAUGAAGCAUCUCGCAUGCGACUUGAGGCGGUCGAACAGAAAAUUGAUAAACUCACGGAACUGGUGGUGCAGCUGGGGCGCGAGGCGCGCGCGCUGCGCGGCGAGGUGCGCGCGCCGCGCGCUCUGCUGGACGAGGCGCUGCACGCGCACACGCAGCGCACCAGUGCCGCCAUCGACUCCGCGCUCGCUGAUGGGUGGGAGCGCGUGGCACGUGUGGGAGAAGCGGCGGGCGCACGCGCGGCGGCGGCGGCGGGCGCAGGUGCGGCGCGCGCGCUUGAGCCGCUGGCCGCCGCGCUGCAGCACGAGCUGGCCGCCAAGCUUACCGCCACCGACCGCCUGCUGCGCGACAACAUCGAACGCCUUGCCACCAGCAAGACAGUGACGGAGCGUCUAAGCACGGCCAUAGCAACGUCUCUGUCAGAGAUGGUGCGCGAGUCCUUCCGGCAAGCGCUGUUCGAAAGUGUGGUGCCCGUGAUGGAGAAAGCGCACGCCCAGAUUUUCCGACAAAUUAAUCAGGCCUUCCAGAAUGGCACCAAAGAGUUCGCGGCGCAGACGGAGGCGGCGGCGCGAGCAGCAGCUGAGCGAGGCGGCGCGGCCGGCGCUGAGGCGCUGCGCGACGCGCUCGAGCGGCACGCCGCCGCGCUCGCCUCCGCGCACCAGCCCGCGCAGCUCGCUGCCGCGCUGCGCACUGUUGCGCACGGCGUGCUGGAAAAGGAGAUGACGUGGUGGCGCGAGCAGGCGCGCAGCGUGGCGGCGCAGCUGUCGCGCGCGCACUCGCCCGCCACGCCCGCCCCGCACCCCACCGUCGACAGACAGAUGCAGCUAGCGCAGGUGCAGGCGCUGCUGGCGAGCGGCGACGUGAACGGCGCGUUCCAGCGCGCGCUGUCGGCGUCCGACCUGGCGCUGGUGGUGGGCGCGUGUCGCGCCAUCGAGCCUGCGCUCGUGUUCGGCCCGCCCUGCCGCCUCGAGCAGCACGUGCUGUUAUCGCUCGUGCAGCAGCUCGCCGCCGACAUGCAGCGCGACACGCUCCUCAAGCACAGAUACCUUGAAGAAGCAAUAAUGAACCUGGACACAAGCAACCCAGUGACUCGGGAGCACCUGCCCGUGGUGGUGAGGGAGUUGCAGAAACAGAUCACGGCCUACCUUGCAGCGAAUCCGGGACACACCCUGGCUAGGCAGUUCCGCAUGUUGCUGAUGGCAGCAGACUCGCUGGUCAAAAGUGCGGUUUGA